CAAACCAAAGAGGCGUACGGACCAACACGAAUGUUUUACCAAACGAUAACAGGUCACCGAAACAACGUUGUACCUAAGGUAACCUGCUGUCGCAACAAGGAUGGAGAUCUGGUUAGUAGCCAGCCAGAGGUCCUCUGUACGGUGGGCUCAGUACUUUGAUGAAUUACUCAACGACCAGUUUAACGAACAGCUAGAAGCGCCACUAGCAGAUAGUGUCAUGCUACUGCCACCUAGCAUAGAAGAAACACGAAAGGCUAUCCGUCGGCUGAAAAAUAACAAGGCAUCCGGAACCGACGGAAUUGCAGCUGAACUGGUCCAGAAUGGAGGUGCACGACUAGAAAACGAGAUUCAUCAAACUGUUGCUGAGGUGUGGGAUAGCGAAUCGAUGCCUUGUGAUUGGAAUAUCGGCAUCAUCUACCCCAUAUACGAGAAGGGAGAUAGGUUGGACUACAACAACUACAGGGGUAUUACGGUGUUGAAUACCGCCCAUAAAAUAUUCUCCCUGAUCCUUCAGGAUCGCCUUGUCCCGCACGUCGAAGAGAUAGUCGGAAACUAUCAAAGAGGAUUCCGAAACGGAAAAUCAACCACUGAUCAGAUCUUCACCAUGCGGCAGAUCUUGGAGAAGAUGGCUGAAUACAGAAACGACACAUACCAUCUCUUCAUUGACUUCAAAGCCGCAUAUGAUAGCAUAGCCAGGGUAAAACUGUACGAUGCUAUGAGCUCAUUUGGAUUCCCGGCCAAACUGAUAAGGCUUUUCAGAAUGACUAUGACCAACGUCACAUGUCAGGUGAAGGUGGAUGGAAAACUUUCAGGACCUUUUGCUACCACCAAAGGUCUGUGCCAUGGGGGCGGGCUUGCCUGUCUCCUAUUUAACCUGGCACUAGAGAGAGCCAUCCGUGACUUCAAGAUCGAGACUACGGGAACCAUCUUCUAUAAGUCAUCCCAGAUACUGGCAUACCAUGAUGAUAUAUACAUCAUUGGUCUGCGGCUCUCCUAUGUAGCAGAAGCCUAUCAAAAGAUCGAGCAGGUGGCAGAGAACCUCGGAUUGCAGAUAAACGAGGCACAGACCAAACUGUUGGUGGCAACAUCAGCGGGCCUACCAAUAAAUAAUCAGAAUCUACGUAGGUGUUACGUGCAGAUAGAUCAACGCCCUUUUGAGUCGUCCCACAAUUCACAUUUCACUGGUCAAGCAACGACAAUAGCAUGGUAGCUGAGUUACUGGUUGCCAACCGGUCAUUAUACAGGCUGAGGAAUCAGUUCACCUCAAAGCACCUGUCACGACGUACGAAGCUGACACUAUUUAGUACCUAUAUAGUACCGGUACUCACAUACGCCUCUGAGACAUGGACACUGUCCAAAUCUGACGUAACCAUCUUUAAUCAUAAGCCGCGUUCGAGAGCAAGAUGCUCAGAAGGAUGACGCUAUAAUGACGCUAUAAGCCGCUGUGCGGCGACCUCACUGUCGUGCAGCGUAUCCGGUGGGCUUGCCAUAUUAUACGCAAGAAAACGGACGAUCUCGCCCAUAAAGUCUUUUUAGACCGUCCACAAGAACAGAGGAGGCGUGGUAGGCCCAAAUUGAGGUAGCAAGAUAGCGUGGAGGCGUCCGCCAAUAAGGCCGGGAUAACGGACUGCCAGACGAAGGCGCGAGACCGUGAGCGGUUUAGGACACUCCUGAGACAGGCCAAGACCGCAAAGCGGUUGUAGCGCCAGAUAAGUAAGUAAGUAAGUCGAGUCAUCUCGACGUCGAGUUGAUGAAUUUUGUGUGUUCAUUUGUAAGGAAAAGUUCACUUCGUAGUUCAUUUUCUCGACUCGAGUAAAUCCGAGUUCAGAAUAGAAAAAACCUGAUCUCAUACCAAUCAUGGUACCAAUCAUGAACCCAUACCGACCCUGGAGCAUAUCUUAUCUUAAUGGUCCUGGAACCUAUCAUGAACUAAUACCAGUUCAUACCAUUCAUCAUGAACUCUUACCGGUCCUAGAAUCAAUCAUGAACCCGUGCUGGUCCUGGAACCUAUCAUGAACCAAUACCGGCCCUGGAAACAAUCAUUAACCUAUAUUGACCCUGGAACUUAUACUGAACCCAUACCGGUCCACGAACCUAUCAUGAACUUAUGCCGGUUUAGAAACUGAUACUAAAUCCAUACCGGAUUUGGAACUGACACUGAACCCAUACCGGUCCUGGAACUACUCAUGAAUCCAUAUCAGUCCUGGAACUAAAAGUAAUCCCAUAAAUGUCCUGGAAUUGAUGCUGCACUCAUACCGGUCCUGGAACCGAUCAUGAGCUCAUACUGAUCCAGAAAUAGCUAGCGAUUUCAAUUACUUUCAACAACUGUACCUUGAACUGUUCUGGAUUCGGAUUCGGAACGAGACUUAAACGUGGUUCGGGUAUGUAUCCGAUACUAUUCCAGUCCCGUUCGACAAACUAUACCCGGUAGUAAAUGUGCAGCGUAUGAAUAAGCGUAAGAAAAUAGCCUAGGAAAUAGCGUAGGAAAUUUAUUAUUAUUUAUUAGUUAAUCUUCAACGGGCCAAAAGGCCUAAGAUAGGUUACAAACAAAAAUUACAUAGCAAAAUCAAGAUUAUUAUCUCAGUUCACUGUUGCCACGGCAGUGUAGCCGGAGACGUUCUGGAUAUUCUUUGAAAUUGAGUAGUAUAUGUAUGGUGAUAAUAAUGAUAAUCAUAAUAAUGAUAAUAAUCUUUUUGCUUCGUGCUCUAAGCUUCACAAACUGUGGAUAUGCUGAGAAACGCGAAAAAUCUUUGUGAACAAUAUCCACCAAAUAAAUGUGACAAUGGCUGACAAAAUCCUAUCUCUACCUCCUCGUGGUGUCAGCCGGAAUGUGCAGUAUCAGUACUGCAUAUACCAACAGAGAGGGUCAGUGACGUUAGUGGUUACCUAACGUCACUGAGGGUGUUUGAAUGUUCACCAGACUGUAUUCGUGCCCGUUGACCGUAUCAAUCCAUCGACAGGUUGAGUCAUGCAUCUUGUCGACACAAAUUGCAUGAAUCAAAUGGCGUCUAUGACAUUCAUCAACCAAAUCAAGUAUCCCAAGCUAACCAAUUGGAAUCUAAUCUUAACCUUCAGCAAAAGUUCGAGCAGGCUGAACUGUGAACUGGAGCUCGAGGCACACCUAUCAGGCUUGAAGACUCGCCCUUGAUGCACGGUGACCCCCAUACUACGCAGGACUGACUAUCCUGCUAUGGGUUAUAUAAAAUUAAUUAUGUUUGGGGGGAAUCAUCAAAAUAAACCAUUUUAGAAGCUAAUAAGAAGUCAUUAUAAAAACGAUAAAAAAAUAGAAAAACGCAUAAAAUUCAUUGAAAAAAAAAAACAACACAACUUAGUAUAACACCAAUGGAUCGGAAGGAUGUACACCGCAGCAGUUUGCUCGAAAUUGUAAAAUAACAGUGCUUACAAAUUCGAGGCCGCUGGUGGAAAACCUCAUCAACUAACAUCGAUCGAUCCAAUAUUUCGUUCUGCGCACAAAAUGGCUACACAGUUUUCUGCCCCACUUGAGUAUGCGUCUCAAGCCCUGGUUUGAAAGCUGGCAACUGCCAAGAACGUAUAUUUACAUUUUAGUUUGUAGUAUUUUCGCAUAUUGAUUAGCACGCAAGCAGUUUUACAUAUUAUAGAGUGUUUUAACAUUUUAUCGUUUUAUUUCUUUACUUCAUUAUCUGAAUUAGCGGUCUUAGUUAAGAACAAGAAAAUUACUAAUUAGAUUUCUAUAUUAGUGUCACAAGGCGUACAAUUGCUGAUUCUUCAUGUUAUUCUCAAUUUGUAGCAUUAUUUUCUUAUCAAGUGUGUUUCUAGUUUUAAAAAGCUGUUAUAUGUAAGGCUUCAAAGUAUGUUUGUAGUUAACUUUAAAGUAUGUAAAGUAUGGAUGUAGUUUUUAAAAGCUGUCAAUGUGCAACUGCAUGUUAUCGACAAUAACACCAGUCCUUCAUGCACAUGGCAAUACCACCCAGCCAUUAGUUGCAUCAAAACAAUAA